AUGAAGUUUCUCUCGAGUCUGGUCGUCGCCCUUGCGGCCCUCCCAGCAGUUUUGGCUAUGAAUCAAAAGAUGUCAGCUAUUGUGUAUUUUCAAGAGGAUUCCACGCCCGAUUCCGUAAUAGAAAAGGCAAAAAAUACGUUGAUAGAAGCCGGAGGGAAAAUUACUCAUUCUUAUACGAUCAUUAAAGGAUUUGUCGUGAUCGCACCAGAGAAGGCGCUGCAGGCGCUGCAAAAGGUGCAGGCGUGGGGUACAGACUACGGCAUGACGGUUGAAGAGGAUAAGGAAGCUACAAUCCAGUGA